CUGUGCGCGCUUUUAAUUUGACAGUGUGAUGAACGGCAGGAGCAGCGGGUUGAAAGCUGUUCACAGGAUUCAGUGUGUGUUAAAAUGAGCUCUAUCGGGACCGGGUAUGACCUGUCGGCCUCCACCUUCUCUCCGGAUGGCCGAGUGUUUCAGGUGGAAUAUGCCAUGAAGGCUGUGGAGAACAGCAGCACAGCCAUCGGUAUCCGUUGUAAGGAUGGUGUUGUGUUUGGGGUGGAGAAGCUUGUUCUGUCCAAACUGUACGAGGAGGGCUCAAACAAACGCAUCUUCAACAUUGACAGACACGUCGGCAUGGCUGUAGCCGGCCUGUUGGCUGAUGCUCGCUCGCUGGCUGAAGUCGCCAGAGAAGAAGCCUCCAACUUCAGAUCAAACUACGGACACGACAUUCCUCUGAAGCACCUGUCAGACAGAGUGGCCAUGUACGUCCACGCCUACACACUGUACAGCGCCGUGAGGCCGUUUGGCUGCAGCUUCAUCCUGGGCUCAUACGACAAAGACGACGGUCCUCAGCUGUACAUGGUCGACCCGUCCGGCAUCUCAUACGGUUACUGGGGCUGUGCCAUUGGAAAAGCAAAACAAGCCGCAAAGACAGAGAUCGAAAAACUGCAGAUGAAGGAGAUGACGUGCAGGGAACUCGUCAAAGAAGUCGCCAAAAUAAUCUACAUCGUUCAUGAUGAGGUGAAGGACAAAGCGUUUGAGCUGGAGCUCAGCUGGGUCGGAGAGAUCACUAACGGACGACACGAGCUGGUACCUAAGGAUGUCCGAGAGGAAGCAGAGAAAUAUGCCAAGGACUCUCUGGAGGAGGAGGACGACUCUGAUGAAGACAACAUGUGAAGUCAGCACAGACCCCUCCCAUCACCCACUAACACACUCUCCGUCUCUGCUGACAGCUCAGGCUCUGAUUCUUUUUUAUGUUUUAUAGUUCAUGAACAUUCGCGUUGGUCAGUUUGCUUUUGGUUUGAAUUUCAUCUUUGAAAAUAAAACUUUAAAAAGCUGAA